AUCUACUAUACCACCCCCCCUCCCAUUUAUCUCCCCCAAAUCCUUCAUUUACACUCUCACCACAGUUAAAUAAAAAAAGUUCAACAAAAAAAACAAUGUCACACAACACCACAACCACUCACCGCCGCAACUAUGCACCCCCACCACCUGAGACAACCACCAUGAACCACAACCACCCUAACCCCACCACAACCCACCACCCAGAUCCACCACCAAUCACUUCCAUUCAAAACAUAUCUAAUCACUUUUCAAGACUUUACAUGAACCAUAAAAAAGCUCAUUCUUCUUCUUCUUCUUCAAUUAUUGAUAACUCAACAACUUCAUCAGCAUCAUCUUUGACUAAAUCACUUAGUCAAAGUCAAACCACUACAAGACUUUCUAAAAAGAAACCAAAACCCCUCCAUUAUUAUUACUCCAAUAAACCCAAUGAACAACAUCAAGAAGAAGAUAAAAUCAAAAGAGCUAUUGUUGUUAGUAACAAAAUACCCACCACAAAGAAACCACAAGAAAUGAUUGAAGAUGAUGUUGAAGUUAAAAAGUAUGUAAAUUUGAAGCUUAUUAAAGAUGAACAACAACAGAAUGGGUUUGAUAUAAAAAAGCAAAAUAUGUCAAUGGGGAUGAUGAGAAGAAAGUCAUUUGGAAGUAGCUCAAAAGCUGAGUUGAAUGAUUUCUUUGCUUGUAAUGGUGUUAAAGUAGUUUCAGCUGAUAUGCCUCCUUAUAUGCAAAUUCAUGUUGUUGAUGUUACUAGAAAAACUUAUGAUAGUUUGGAAAAGUUCACUGCCAAAACACUUGCUUUGACCCUCAAAAAGGAAUUUGAUGGGAUAUAUGGACCAGCAUGGCAUUGUAUUGUAGGGUCAAGUUUUGGAUCAUUUGUGACACAUUCAGUGGGUGGAUUUAUGUAUUUUUCUAUGGAUCAGAAGCUUUAUGUACUCCUGUUCAAGACUGCGGUUCAAAGAGCACAUUAAACCUUUUUUAUUUAUAGCAAAAAUAGUGUAUGUAUAAUCUUGCAAAUCACUAUUGUAACCAAUCGUAUCUCAUGCAUCAAUAGUUGUAUGACAUUUAAAAGUGGCUCCCACAAGUAUAUGGAUUAUAGAUUUUCCACACUA